AUGGGUAAAACAAAUCUAAAAGCCCUACUGAGCAUGGAGCCCAACCCAAGCCCAUACAUCACGGGGCCCCGCAAAACCGGGGAGCCCAUGCCCCGCCUGACUGGUGUAAUACUGAAUAAGUCUUUGCGAAUUGUGGCUCUGCUUGUUCACCGGCUGCGGUUCCACGAUGUUACAGUAGAUGUACAUAUUAUAGAAUCCCGCGUGAAUGUCAGCGGGGUAGGGUGCGGUCGACGCGGUACCUCCUACAUUAUACCAGCGACCCGGCUCAAAGUCCAGCAUGUGGGCCAGACUAAUAAGAAAAAGCUGUCUGUAAAGGCAACGGGUGGAGGGCCACCUCCGGAAGCCUUCAGUCGUGCUGAAGAGUUGGCAGUAGCCAACAACGUAGGACGGCCCACCAUGGAGGGGGUUGAGGGUGGUGUCCAGUCAGACCCUGGUGCCUCAGAUAUGUGCACCCUUUAUGUGCAGGUGGAGGGGGGUAAUAUGCAAGUGCUCCAGCCACCUGCAGAGCCCAGCACCUCCUGUGAUCCUCAGGUACAGGAGGACUUGGGUGAGGACACUUUGUCGGCAUUGUCUGACACGCACAUCCAGGAGGCGUUUCAGCAACCCCCUUCCCCUCCUGUGGCUUCCUCCACUCGGACCUCCCACACGGAAAGUGCACUUUUGCUUUGUCUUUGACUCUUCGGGUUCAUAAGCUGCAUGCGCACUGCUUCACCAUUUCAUGCAUUUUUUUCCCCCCUGUGUAGGCUAGAACAGACAAUGUGCGUUCCCUUUACAAGCGCAUGCUUGAGUUGGACUGCAGGAGGAAACAACUGCAAAUAAAGAAACUGAAGCUUGAAAUUCAACAGCUCGAGCAUGAAAAGAGGGUAUUGCUAUAUAUUCAUCAGUAUUACAUCUAUAUAUGUACCAUGAUUAAUUUAUCACUUUUUUACUUUGUAGGAGAGGGAGAGUGGCAACCAAUAAAACAAUCAGACUUCAAUGUAGUCAUGAUCUGAGUUUUUUAUUUUAAUGAGUGAAACACUGGUUUGUGAUUGCAUCUCUCACUGCACGUCCUGUGGGGUAGUCGAGGGUCACAGGGUCAACAAUGUCUGGAGGCAUGGGCAGUAGAGUAGGGGUCUUUUCUUUCCUAAUAGUUGCAAUAUUAUGUAGCACCACACAUGCUGACACCACCUGACAGGCCC